UCUGUUUUCCUUAUUUAAUAUACUACCUUACUGUAGUUUGUUGUUCCCAUUUAUAUUAGUUUGUCUUUCUCGGCAACACACAAUAUAUACAACAAAAAGUAAGUGAAAAUAUAAUCUUAGCAGCAUGUCGGGUCGUCCUGAACAUCAAGCUCCACCGGAAAUUUUUUACGGUCAAGAUGAAGCUCGAAAAUACACACGGAACACACGAAUGAUGGAAAUUCAACUUGCCAUGUCAGAAAGGGCAGUGGAAUUGUUAUGUUUGCCUGAAAAUCAGCCUUGCCAUAUAAUUGAUUUGGGAUGUGGAUCAGGCCUCAGUGGAGAAACAUUGACAGAACAAGGACAUGUAUGGACAGGAGUUGACAUUUCAUCAGCUAUGCUGGGUGUGGCAAAGGAAAGAGAAGUGGAAGGUGAUCUCCUUUUGGGGGACCUAGGCCAAGGCCUACCGUUUCGUGCAGGUGCUUUCGAUGGCGCCAUAAGCAUAUCGGCUUUACAAUGGCUAUGCAAUGCAGAUCAGAGGUCUCACAACCCAGCAAAUAGACUGUACACUUUUUUUUCGUCACUCUACGGCUGCCUGAGUAGAGGAAGUAGAGCAGUUUUCCAGUUCUACCCAGAGAACAGUUCUCAAGUGGAACUUAUUACAUCUCAAGCAAUGAAAGCUGGUUUCACAGGAGGAUUAGUUGUGGAUUACCCUAACAGUACUAAAGCUAAAAAGUUUUUCCUCUGUUUGAUGACUGGAGGACAACAACCACUGCCUGCUGCGUUGGGAGUAGAUUCCCGCGAAGAGGCUCCAAGUCACGUUGCAUUUUCACAAAAAAGAGAAAGGAUGAAACAACUACGCGCAGGAAAAGCUCCCAAAAAAAGUCGUGAUUGGAUUUUGGAAAAGAAAGAACGCCGACGAAGGCAAGGCAAAGAAACUCGUGAUGAUUCUAAAUUUACUGGCAGAAAGCGGCCUUCACAUGUAUGGUGAAGUGAUCAUAGCUCGCCAAUAAAUAAACAAAAAUAAAAUACAA